AUGGCCCCCCCGGACGAUGUGAGCCCUGCGCCAAAGGGCAUCGAGGUCUCGAGCGCAGAAAAACACCACACAGUCACCGAUAAUAUCCGUUUUCGAGCCAACAAUGUGAACGCGCUGCGCGGCCACCUGAGCGAUGAGGAGAGCAACGAGGAGGUCCAGACCUCGCCGCCGGAUCUGCAACGGCAGUUGAAGGAUCGACAUCUGCAGAUGAUCGCGAUCGGAGGAACCAUUGGCACAGGUCUGUUUAUCAGCAGCGGCACGGCGAUCGCACAUGCAGGGCCGGUGGGCGCCCUCAUCGCCUAUAUGUUUGUCGGAUCGAUCGUGUAUUCCGUCAUGACUUCGCUGGGAGAAGUCGCGACGUAUAUCCCCACCGCGGGCGCUUUUACCUCCUAUGCCGCGCGGCUGGUUGACCCGAGUCUGGGUUUCGCGAUGGGCUGGGUGUAUUGGUUCAACUGGGCAUCGACAUACGCGGUGGAGUUGACGGCAACGGGCAUGAUUAUUAAGUACUGGGACGAGCACUUGUCGAUCGCCAUCUUCAUCGGUGUGUUCUGGGUGUUUAUCACGCUGAUCAACUUCCUUCCGGUUGGGUUCUAUGGCGAGCUCGAGUUCUGGUUCUCCGCCAUCAAGGUGCUCACCGUGCUGGGCUUCAUGAUCUUCGCCAUCUGCGUGGAUGCCGGCGUCGGCAAGCAGGGCUACCUGGGCUUCCACACCUGGAAGGAACCCGGCGCGUUCGCACCCUAUCUCAUCGAGUCCAACGACUCGCUCGCCAAAUUCGUGGGCUUCUGGGCCGUUCUCAUCCAGGCCGGCUUCUCCUACCAGGGCACGGAGCUCGUUGGCGUCGCGGCCGGCGAGACUGAGAACCCCGAGAAGACGGUCCCCUCCGCCAUCCGCAAGACCUUCUUCCGCAUCCUCAUCUUCUUCGUGCUCACCAUCUUCUUCAUUGGCCUCCUCGUCCCCUCCGAUAACCCCAACCUGGUCACGGACACCUCCAACGCCUCCGCCUCCCCCAUGGUCAUUGCAGCCAACCUGGCCGGUGUGCAGGUCCUCCCGGGCCUCAUCAACGCCGUCCUCCUCACCGUUGUCCUGUCCGCUGCCAACUCCAACGUCUACUCCGGUAGCCGUGUGCUGCUCGGCCUCGCGCGCGAGGGCUUCGCGCCCCGCUGGUUUGGCAAGGUCACGCACCGCGGCGUGCCCUACAUCAGCGUCGCGUUCACCGCCGCCUUCGGCCUGCUCGGUUUCAUGAACGUCUCCGAGUCCGGCGGCCGCGUCUUCAACUGGCUCGUCAACAUCUCCGGCGUCGCCGGCUUCAUCUGCUGGACGUCCAUCAACGCAUGCCACAUCGCGUUCAUGCGCGUGCUGGCCGCCCGCAACAUCUCCCGCGACGCCCUGCCCUACAAGGCCAUCUGGCAGCCCUGGCUGGCGUACUAUGGCUUGUUCUUCAACGUGCUUAUCAUCUUCACGCAGGGCUUCACAGCGUGGAUCCCCGUGUUCGAUGUCUCGGAUUUCUUCGUCGCGUAUAUCUGCCCCAUCCUCUUUGUAGUGUUGUAUCUGGGGCAUAAGUUUACGUUCCGCACGAAGUUUGUGAACCCGCUCGAGGCCGAUCUGGAUACUAGUCGCGUGGAGACUAAGAGUACCUCAUGGGAGACAUCGACGCCCAAGAGAGGCUGGUUCGAGAGGGUCAGGGGAAGGUUUAUCGGAUAG